UUCUCAGAUGGUUCCUGGUCUUAUGCGUUUGAUUUCGAUCCGCGCAAUCGCUGCCUUACCUCGCAACGGCAUCUGCAGGCGUUGAGUAGUCCGUUUGAUCACGAACGUCCGCGGUUGACGGAACAUUGCUCGUGUCAUUUGCUCUCUCGACUGGAGGCGUUGGGCGCUGUGGAGCUGCGGCGGGAAAAUCCGUGGCCUGUUGCUUUCUAACACUAUUAUUCCAGGGCGGCGAGAUCGAAUAUGGCGCCUGCUCUGUUUGGCUCGAUUCCGUUCUUCCAGCCUCUGGUUCUUUCUCCCUUUUCUCGACUCUUUACCCAGGAAAAAGCGCUAUGGUCCGCGGAGUCGCUCAAUCGGUUGAUCCGGAUGAUCGAAGGGAGCGGACGCGUUGAUUUCUCUUCACGAUCGUUACGACUGCGGUGUUUGCGAGCGCUGGGAUGAACAGACUACGACAGGGUCUGUGGUUUCAUUCUCAUCAGUUUUCGUUCAUCUUCUGCUCCUCUUAUUUUUGCUUCCCAGACGCCGAGCCAUUACCCCGUGCACCAGUAUUGUCGAUGGGGCUCGGUGCCUUUGUGGAUGAUUAUGCGGCCGUCGCUCGCUGUUCUGACGGGUCAUGGGGGGGGGGGGGGGGCGAGCUUCACAGUUAUAGGAAGGAACGGCGCGGGAAUGGGAUUCCCUGCAUAUUUCAGUUUGUCGAUGUCGUCGCUGCCGCCGGAUUUGUCUCGCACUCGCUUUUUCCCCGUUUUCGUUGCUGGCUCUGCAAAGGGCUGUUUCUCGUUUUUCUUUUCGUUCGACUCCGUUAUUUCUCUUCCCCCUCACGAGCUUGUAUGGCGCGCGGCCUACGGGUCGUCGCGGAUGGAAUGGGUGGGAUAGGUGGGAUGGGAAGGCGAAGACCUCUCCCUCGCUCCUUGUCCCAUGCCAUGGGUUUCGCGGUUCUGGUUUCCUUUGGCUCUGUCCCGCUGUUUUCUUAGCAUUUUUCUAUUUUUUAUUUGUCUCUGCGCCGGGGUGAUU